AUGGCUAGUGAGUUUUCUUUUUCAAAUUCGUUUUUGUGGAUUUUUUUUGAUAAAAAGUUUUCAGGACACGGAAAGGGACAUGGAAACCAUGAGCACAAGGAACAAGAGAAGCAAAAUCACCAAAAUAAGGCGAAAAAUAGCCAUUCGAACGAAAAAGUCGCCAAAACGACUGAGAAGCCCAAAAAGUCGUCUUUUGUGAGAAGGAGUAGGUUUUUAAGAUGUGGUUUUGAAGAAAUUGAUUGGUUUGGAUAGUUUUGUUGUAUUGGAAAAACUGGCAUAGGUGUAUAAUUUCAUUUUUUUCUUUAACUUCUUUUUGCGAAGAUUUUUCGAAAAACUUUAUUGUUUUUUUGGAAAAAGAAAUAGUUAAUCUAGAAAUUUGGUCGAGCCUUCAGUGAAUCUUUAUCAUUACCGUUUUUCAAUAAUUGUUGAUCUAUUAACGUAAAAUAAUAAAAUUGGAUUUUUUUUUCUCACGUUCAAAAAUUAUUCCAUUUUUUUUUUCCAAACUCCAGCAACACAUUCUCGAACAGAAUGUAGAACUUAAAAAUUAUACUUGACCUAUAAAGCUACUUUAUGCUGACGUGUACGUGAAUAUUUAAAUAAUUUCGAAUCGAACCGUCUAAAUAGAGAAAUGGGUUCGUCUUCAGCGGUCGGCUUCGUCUUCCGGACGUUCUACUACUUGUCCCUGUUGCUUUUGGGCCUUUCCACCGUCUCGAUUGGUUAUAACUGUGUGGAGGGCGGCAAGCACAUUGCCAACAGCAAGGUUUUCGAUUUUAUUUUGAAAAUUUACUUCAAAAUUAUGCUAUUUUUAGCCCCUGUGCGCGGAUUUGACCAAAUUGUCGCAAUUCACGAAGCCAUCGGACAAGUUCGUCAACAACGUCCGCGAUGUCUAUGGAACCGUUCUGAAUACCUAUCGGUUUAGAUUGAUAAGACUCGAUUAAUCGAUAUUUUUCCUUCAUUUAUGAAAAAUCUAGUUUCUAAACGCUAAAGCGGAAAAUGAUAAACCGAUUUUUUGCACGAUUUUGCGCACUUCCCGUUUUACUCCCGUAAGCUCCCCGCGGACCUACUAAAUUUGUUUUCUUUGCAUUUUCCCCUCUAAAAACAACCGCGGAAAAACUUUACUAGUGUCUAAAGGACUGAAAAAGAAUCUUAUUGUGAAAUUAAUUUUUCCACACAGAGCUUGGCUGCAUGUUUUUUUGUAGGAGAUAUUUUUUUCGCUUGAAACGAAGUUAUCAAAAAAACAUUUUUAUUUCAUAUCUACCUUACCCAAAGUCUGAUAAUUUGUUUUUUUAAGAAAAUGUAAUCUAUAUUCUCUUUUUUUGAAUCUAUUUUUUUGAAUCAAUUCAAGCUGAAAAUAGCGUCUUAUAGUGGCAGUUUUAGUGAAAUUAUGUCGAUGUCAUUUUUUUCUUUUUUUCAGUUUUGAGCUUUUACUAGUUUUUAAAAAUUUUUUUAAUUUAAAAAAAUUAAAUUUUUUUGAAGCCUUAACUUUUUUUGAAAUUUUGGGAAUUCUGAAGUUGAAUAAUGAUAACUCGAGCAAAUAUUCCUUUUUUCCAGGCAACGAGCAGCUCACUCGACGAAAAAUGCUCGGGCGACGGUCAACGACUACUACAAGAAGUUCACGAAAAGCGAUAUCGGCGCCAAAGUUGAAAAGUACUUUUACAAAGUUCAUGCGUUUGUCGUCGAGCACACGCUGUUCAUUCAACGAUUCGUCCAGAAGCAGGUUCGUUUCGAAAUUGUUGGUAUAGUGUAUUCACGGCUAGCUUGAUGCGUCUACUGUCUGUGAAAAAACCACUAAACAGACACUAUCUUUUCUUUUAUCGUGUCAAGACCCUUUUUUCGAUGGCUCAAGCCAGCCGUGAAUCAGCUAUAUUGCCGCGUUCAGAGUGACUUCGCGAAAUUCAAUCAGAUCUUUGAAUCUCUGAAAUACUUGUUAUAUUUUCAAUAUCUGACGGUCAUUUUUAUUUUGCCAAAAUAAUUUUGAACGCGAAGUUACUGUAAAAAGUUGAAGAAUAAUAGUUUAGCUUGUUGUUUUUUUUAGAUCCAUUACUAGACAAAAUGUCAUUAUUUUAUAAGAAAUCAUGAUUUUUGCGCAAUAUUUUUUUCUUUUUCUUUUGAAUAAUUCGAUGGUGAUUUUUUUCAACCUAUGCAAGGUGUAGAGAAAACGUGACUGGGAAAAUUUUUUUUAAAUUGAACUUUGGAACGUAUGUAAAAAAAUUGUUUAAUUCCCGUACUUUUUUUGAGUUUUUUUCUUUCCAAUAUAUGUUUUUUUAUUUCACUUUUUAUAAUCAAAAGUUGGUUAUCUAUGUAAAUUGUUUGUAAAUUUUUUUCUCUUAACUCAACUAUUUAAAAAAAGUUAUGAAAGUUUGUUUGAAUGGGAAUAUUAAAUAUUUUUUUCUUUUAGUAUAUUUUGAUGCUAUCAAUUCUAGAAACUUUGAACCAACUUAUAUUAAAAUCGAAUAAAUAUAUUUUUUUUCAGUGGGCCGAGGUCAACGUUUGGUACAACAAGGCCGGCUACAAAUAUGUGGAAUCGCUCAAGGAAGGCCUCACUGUCGCUUUUUACGUCGUUUUGGAAAUCGUCAAGGACUUGUUGGCCUACGCUCAAAGUAUUUCGAAUAGUUUGAAUUCAAUAAUUAAACUCGUGAAUUUUCCAGAAACCCUUUCUCAUCUCGCCAUCGUACUCGAGAAGUUCUUCUUAACCUGGUCUGAGAAGGGAUUCAACGCCGCGUUGAAGACGAUCGUUUAA